GAUGAGGGAGGGAUGAUGCGGGGGCCGAGAGUGAAUUAUUUGGAGUCCCGGAAUGGAAGGCAGGGGCGUAGAUAGUAGCAGUUGGAGACUAGCAUUGUGGUCUAAAUAGGCAAAGAAAAAAGACCGUAUAUUGGGAGUCAGGAGAGUGCCGGGCAGUUCCGCUGGGAACGCGACGGACGAGGAACGCCUCCUUUAGGCUAAUUCAUAUAGAGAGCGAUUUUGAUGAGAGAGGUACGGGAAUGCUUCGCGGGGAAAGCUGGCAUUCAGACCACUCACGAUGAAGAUAUUCCUGGAAUGUCACAGGCUUUCCAAACCAUAUGUAUGAGCAGAGAACGAGCAGAGAGCUCCAUGAUGCUCGCCAAGUCCUUGGUGUCUUUGGUGUCCAUCCAGAUGGGUGCCGAGACCGAGACCAAGACAGGCGGCUUCCCCGUCGGCGAAGCAAUACGGUAUACACCCGGGCAGGGUGCAAAUCCUCGGAAGAAGUAUCCUGGUGAAGGGUUUCCGGGUCACUUGCAAGCGAAGGUGGCUCGGAAGGUUUGGAUGAUGGAAUUGAAGGUAAUUAUAAUAAGCUCCCGGUUGAUUUUGGCCAACGCCUGGCGGUUCGGCCUCAACGGCACGUAUUCCCACCUGCAAAUCGAGAUGGCAUUGAAUGGCCGCCGACUGUCGAUAGUGACCGAGAUUCAGGAAAUGGUAAUAUUUCACUCGCCGAGGGCAACGACACGAAGGCUAAGAAGGCGAAUGGGCAACAACCUGCUGGCUCAGCCUGGUAGGCAAGCACGAUGUGGAACUUCUGCUCUCGCGGCUUCUUUGUGGCAAUCUGCCGCGUGUUUGGUCGAGUGCCGUCGCAGCACCUCUGUCUUCCUGCAUCUGAGAUGCGAAAUCGUAGCCACUCCAGUUCUGACUCAAAUUCUGGGUCGUGCUAUCAUCGGAGACUGAGAUACUGGGUUAGAAGCUGGCAACAUCUUGAAGUUGGAUGCGAU